AUGCAAUUUCCCAUGUUCGUGGUCUCCGUGGCGCAAUUGCUGAAGAUGACGGAGGUUCGGGCACACGAGAUCUUGAAGGGCGAAGGCAUUGCCGUCGAGUAUGAGGAAAGCAUGGGUAAAGCCGCUUUCAUCUCGCACGAGUGGGUUGGUGAUGGGCACCCCGACCCUGAGUUCAAACAGUUGAGCGUUCUUCAGGAUGCUUUGACUUACAUGAUGUCUGACUUGCAGCAAAUCCCCGCCGACGGCUUCACCGAGGUCCACUGCAAGAAAAAACCGUUUUCCACGUCGGCUUUACGAACGCAAGCUCUGUGUGUGUGGUACGAUUAUUUCUGCUGCCCACAGCUUGGCCACCAGCUCUCUCUCUCAAGUUCAAACCUCUCAGAUUCAGAGAGCGACCUUAGCAAGGCCGUUGCGAGCAUCCCCGCAUAUGUGGCGAAGUGCUCGUUCUUCUUUGCACUCUGCCCUGUCAUUAUGAGCGAGGAGCUGGGGAAGGUCUUUUCUCCUCAGACAUGGGCAGAGCGGGGAUGGUGUCGCAUGGAAAGAACGGUCCACGAUCUUUCCAAGAGUGACGGCUGGUUCAUGAUCAAGAGCUGGUCAGAAAUUGAACUCGUGGCAUCCUUUGGCGGCGCUGUUGGGGGAGCGCCUGGUUUUGGCAAAUUCACGGUAGGCAGUGAUCGCAGGAAAUUGGCACCAGUUUUGAGCGGUGCCCUGAAGUGCAAACUGCAAACCUUGCUGAAAUCUCUCAACCUCCAAGAUUACCGAGUAUUGCUGAACAUGCAGAACAGUAUUAUGCAAGGUCUGCCGGCGCAAGAGUUGGCUGAGCCACGUCCGGGCUUUGCAUCUGCGAAAGGCUUAGAUGAUGAGUCUCUCGCAGUGUCUGCUUUCAUGUAUCAAAAUGGCUUCGAGCUGGUACAGGAAGUUGACGAUGCAGGAUGGUCGCCCCUACACUAUGCUGCCCUGGCUGGCCAGACACUGGUGGUGCAAGGUUUGCUGGCACAGCGCGCGAACCUUGACUGCCAGACGCAGCAUGAACAACCUCGAGUGGGAAUUGCUCCAGGGACGACUGCCCUGACCAUAUCAUGCUUUGCUCAUCACAAUGACGUUGCGAAGUUGUUGAUCGCUGCAAAGGCUACGAUGGACUUAGGCUUAGUUCCUCCCUUGCAUUACGCUGCUCACGCAGGCAACUCAGAAGGCAUUCGCGUGCUGCUAGAUGCUGGCUAUGACCCUUGCACCAGGGACUUCUUCGGCCUCCAUGCCUUGGCUGCCGCCUGCACCUUCGGCUCAUUGGAUGCGAUCGAUGAGCUGGUUUCCCGAGCGCGCAUGUCCAUCAAACCUUCGGACGUCUCGAUUGCCCUCUCGAUAGCUUUGGCUGCCUACGGAGGCACAGUGGACUUGGUGCACCGGAUGCUGGAUUUACAGGCUGAUGUCAACGACUCCUGGAGCGUGCCGCUGAUGCCGACCUCUGUCUUUGAAGUUUGGCAGGCCAUCAACACCCUUGAACAUCAACUGGGGCAUGACACAAGCUCGACAAGAUUCCACUAUCAUGCACAUGGUAGGACACCGCUGAUGGUGGCAGUUAUGUGUGCGCAGUAUGAAGCCGCAGCCGCACUCAUCGCAGCCGGAGCCCAACUGGAUAUGGUGAACUCCAGGCAAAAGUCAGCUGCUGACUUUGCCAGAGUGGAGACGAUGCCAGACUUCCUCAGGCAGGCCUUUGAGGGGGACACUACAGGCUGCAAGAGAUUGGCAAGCCUUGCGACCAAGUAUGUUGAAAUGUAG